AUGAGCACUCUUGUUGGUUACAAUAGCAGCAGUGAUGAGGAGCAGGAGGAGACCAUCCCAAAACCGACUUCCAUCACUACCGCUAGCGACCAAGGCAUCCGGUCGAACAUAUCUAUUCAGCACAGCAAUGGACAUGCUUGCGGCAAUGAGAGCUACGAAGCCGCAGAGGGCAAUAACAUACAGCGCAACCCAGGAAUCGAUACCGGCCCCAUGGUUGGGCCCGCAAUGCCAACCGCAACGGAGACCCAACUCGAAGAGAUUUCGCCGAUGGAUCAAUUUGAUUCAGUCUCUGAGCGAGAUACCAUUCGCUAUCUAACACAGCCGUCUCAUCCCAUGACUUCCAUACCGCCGUCUCCGCCUGGCUCACCCGAUCCAGCGUUGAACGCGAAGUUCAAGCGCUUCCUGGAGCUCAAGGUAAAGGGCGUUCAUUUCAAUGAUGAUUUAGGCAAGAAGCCGACGUUUCGAAAUCCAAGCCUGCUCGCCACUUUGAUGGAUCGAGCAGGGCUAGAUAAUGAGGAUCAGUACAGAACUUCCAUUCCCUUAGCAAUCUGGGAUCCAUUGGAUUUUCCAGCCCAUGCUUUCAAAGAGGAGUUAUUGCGCAGUCAGCAGACUCUACGAGACCAGCAGCAGGCUGCUAAAAAGAGUCAGUCAGCGGCCGGCAAAAGAACCAUUGAAUUCACGUCAGGCCGUACGAGUACGUCGGGUCAAAACAGCAGGGAUUCAACACCAGGAAUCUCGAGUAAGCGGAAACGAGGCUGA